AUAUGGGUGCGCACAGUUGACGGGCAUUGGGAAGUUGAGCGUCAAACUUAUUAUCGUUUGCAAAACUUGUGUUUUGAUUUCUGAAAAUGCAGUCCUUUUGGAAACAAAAGAUAUAGAUAAAAGUGCACGUACAUGUAAAACUGACCAGCAUGGAGCAUUCAUCAAGUGAUCAUCUGGACUUGGUCAAACUGCAGGCUGGCACACGUUCAGAUGGAUUUCACAUGGAGGAAGAUGACACAAAUGAAACAGAAUGCAGCAGCAGCCUGGAAAACAGUGUAUCAGAAUCUGUGCCCAUUGUACAGAAGUCUCCAUCUGGGACACAAAAAUGUGAAAAAAACAAAAAUGAUCAAAUCAUUUCUUUCUCUGAAACAAUGAAUGGCAGUACGUCAGCUGCUGAUGAAAUAAAUGAUAAAAAUGGCACAAGUGACUCUAAUUUUACUACAGAUUUUUCAAAACGAUACGACAGUAAUGAGUAUGACAGCGAUAAAGAUGAUGGAACAUUUUACUUUGAAUCGGACCACUUGGCUCUGAAAGGCAACAAAGAUUAUCAUGCAUUACUAAAAACUGUCGUCCUGUUAGAAGCACAAAGGGCCAAAGCGGUCCAAGAUUUGGAGACACUGUAUAACAUUCAAGAUGAGGCACUGAGAGACCCGAUCACUUUUGUUGAAAAAUUACAAAAGAAAGUGGACCUAGGGAUUCCUAAGCCACAGAGAAUAGCUACCAUUCCUCACAUUGCCUGGGAAAAUUACACAUCCAGUUCUGUGGGCUAUUACAAACAUAUGACCAGAACAAAGAGACAGAUGGCAGAUGUCAAAUCUGAACCACCUGACAGUUACACCAACUNAGUGCACGUACAUGUAAAACUGACCAGCAUGGAGCAUUCAUCAAGUGAUCAUCUGGACUUGGUCAAACUGCAGGCUGGCACACGUUCAGAUGGAUUUCACAUGGAGGAAGAUGACACAAAUGAAACAGAAUGCAGCAGCAGCCUGGAAAACAGUGUAUCAGAAUCUGUGCCCAUUGUACAGAAGUCUCCAUCUGGGACACAAAAAUGUGAAAAAAACAAAAAUGAUCAAAUCAUUUCUUUCUCUGAAACAAUGAAUGGCAGUACGUCAGCUGCUGAUGAAAUAAAUGAUAAAAAUGGCACAAGUGACUCUAAUUUUACUACAGAUUUUUCAAAACGAUACGACAGUAAUGAGUAUGACAGCGAUAAAGAUGAUGGAACAUUUUACUUUGAAUCGGACCACUUGGCUCUGAAAGGCAACAAAGAUUAUCAUGCAUUACUAAAAACUGUCGUCCUGUUAGAAGCACAAAGGGCCAAAGCGGUCCAAGAUUUGGAGACACUGUAUAACAUUCAAGAUGAGGCACUGAGAGACCCGAUCACUUUUGUUGAAAAAUUACAAAAGAAAGUGGACCUAGGGAUUCCUAAGCCACAGAGAAUAGCUACCAUUCCUCACAUUGCCUGGGAAAAUUACACAUCCAGUUCUGUGGGCUAUUACAAACAUAUGACCAGAACAAAGAGACAGAUGGCAGAUGUCAAAUCUGAACCACCUGACAGUUACACCAACUACCAGACAGGAGCGUCAUCAGCCUUGGCCAAUUCUGAGCAAAAUGUCAUCCGAGGGAGGGUGAAGGAUCAGUCAAAAUCUGCCACAUUCAAUCAGUUGUGGACAGCAGAAGAGCAGAAACGUUUGGAGGAACUUCUCAUUGAGUGCCCACCUGAGCCAGUGGAAAGACAUCGCUGGGUGAAGAUAGCAAACGCCUUGGGGAACAGGACUCCUAUACAGGUUGCUAGCAGGGUUCAGAAGUACUUCAUCAAGCUGGCCAAGGCAGGACUUCCAAUUCCUGGUAGAAUGCCCAAUGUGGCACACUAUAGGACCAAGAGUCAGAGACCCCACCAGAGGAUGUACAACAGGUUCUACCAGGCCCCCUCCACCUUCAUGACCUCCUACCAGCCCCCAGUGUACAUGUCAGAUGAUGAUGGCGACUCCGCCUCCAUGUUUGGCGGCAGCAGUGAAGACAUGGAGGACCCCAGAAUGAUGAACCAGUUUGGGGAUGAAGAGGAGGAGAUUUCAGAUGAAGAGACAGUUCCAGUUCAUCUACGAGAUUCUGAAGAAUACCAGGAACUGCUGAGACUGAAGAAGCUGAAGAGAGUGAAGAUGAAUUCUGAUCAUGACAAGCUUGGACAAAGACAGCAUGCUGGUUACAAGUGUGAUCGCUGUGGCUGUGAACCUAUAGUAGGAGUUAGGUUUCAUUGUAUUGACUGCCCUGAUGACACAGCUGUUGACUUCUGUGAAGGAUGUGUGGACAGCUCCUUUGAGACUGGUCAGCACAGUUCCAGCCACAGACUGGACCCUGUCCGUCUGCCGUACACCACCCCUUUCAUCGACAGAGACUACACCAAGUUCACUAAGGAAGGAUACAAUUAUUUGGACCCUAACUUUAUGCCAGCUACAUGACUGGAAUUCAUUUUUGUAUUAGAAUACUAAACCACUCAGGAAAGACUAUAGAGUUGUACUAUUUAUGUGUAUGGGUUGGUGAAAUGACUGGAAACAGACAUCGGGAGGGACAAACAUAUUCAUCAGCUUUCAUUAUUUGUACAAAGUCAAGAGAAACAUUGAUGAAGCGAGUCGUUAUUUAAUUGAUGGAGGCUUUCUUUCAGGUUGUCUGUAAGCUAACAUGCAUUGAUUUAAGCUUCAAAAUUGCUUGUUUUAAAUAAGCAGUAAACUAGUUUCGAAAUGGCUGUAACUGUACUUAAGGCGUGUCAGUAUUGUGUUGAAUCAUGUUAAGAUUUAUUGUAGGAAUUAGAUGAUUUUUUUAUCCAGAAGUCUACCUGCACACUUUUAUAAAUUUUUGCUAAAAAUUGUAUCAUGACUAAAAUGGUCAAACCUCACAUGAAUGUCAAUAAAGUCACCUCAGGAACUUU